AUGCAGCCUCGUUGCUUAAAAGAAGUCUCUCAAGCAUGCCUUAGUGGCUGCUGUCCAAGCCCCAUCCUUGGCUUUUCUGAGCCUCUUAACAAAAUCAGCAAGCCUAGAAGCACAUCAGCAACGUGUCGCCAGAACUUUGCUAAGACGACGACUUCCUCUAUCUUCCCAAACACUCAUUUCACAAAUCCCGAGUCUCUCCCUUCUUUGCAAGAAUCAUUCAAUGGAUUCAUCGAGGUGUAUCCACAGUACUCAGAUACAUAUCAAGUUGAUCAAACAAGAGCCCAAGAAUACAAUCAUCUUGCACUCUCCAACCACACCUGCCUUGAUUAUAUCGGCAUAGGCCUGUUCUCCUAUGCCCAGCUGCAAAAACUUGACUCGGAAAAACAAAUUCUCCCUUCCGCUUCUUCUCCUCCUCAAAACAUGCAUAUUCCCUUCUUCAGUGUGUCCUACAAGACAGGGAAUUUAAAGACACAGCUACUUCAUGGUGGCCAAGAAUCAGCUUUAGAAUCUGCAAUGAAGAAAAGAAUCAUGAGUUUUCUUAAUAUAUCUGAAAAUGAUUACUCUAUGGUUUUCACCGCAAACAGAACAUCAGCUUUCAAACUUCUAGCAGAGUCUUACCCGUUCAAGACUAGCCGGAAGCUUCUGACUGUGUACGACUAUGAGAGUGAGGCAGUGGAAGCAAUGAUUAAUAGCUCUGAUAAGAAAGGAGCCCAGGUCAUGUCAGCAGAGUUCUCGUGGCCUAGGUUAAGGAUUCAAUCAGCAAAAUUGAGGAAAAUGGUUGAAAUGAAAAGCAAAAGGAAGAAGACGAAGAGAGGACUAUUUGUCUUCCCACUUCAUUCUAGAAUGACUGGAGCCAGAUAUCCAUAUUUAUGGAUGAACAUAGCAAAGGAGAAUGGCUGGCACAUCUUGAUUGAUGCUUGCGCAUUGGGACCAAAAGACAUGGACAGCUUCGGCCUCUCUCUCAUUCGCCCAGACUUCCUCAUUUGUUCCUUCUACAAGAUUUUUGGGGAAAAUCCGUCUGGAUUUGGGUGUCUCUUCGUCAAGAAAUCUACUGUUCCCCUCCUAGAAGAUUCCGUGAGCGCUGGAAUGGUAAGUCUUGUCCCAGCAAAUAAGAUGUUUCGGUUAGUGGAUGAAUUUUCUGGUACUGAUUCAGACUUUGAACAUCUAUCCAAGUUGGGAUUACAAGAAGAUGAAUUAGACUCAUCUAACUCUUUCUCAGGGCCUAUAUCCAGCCAGACAAUGCAUUCUGGAAGAGUAGAACAAGGAGAAACCUCUGAGUCUCAAACUACAGGAACAACUGCAAAACAGAAAGUAUCAAAAACUUCAGAUAUUGUGGAAUCAGGGAAGUCUGCUGAAGUAAUGCGACAAGAAAAUGGGAUCUUGGAAAUUGAAUGCAGGGGGUUGGAUCAGGUUGAUUCAUUGGGACUGACACGGAUAAGUAACAGAGCAAGGUGCCUUAUAAAUUGGAUGGUGAAUGCUUUGUUGAAACUCAAGCAUCCAAACACGGGGGAAAUUCCCCUUGUUAGAAUAUAUGGUCCAAGGGUAAAGUUUGAUAGAGGACCUGCAUUAGCCUUCAAUCUGUUUGACUGGAAAGGAGAAAAGGUUGAGGCUCCUCUUGUACAAAAACUAGCUGAUCGAAGCAAUAUAUCUCUUAGCUACGGAUUCUUACAUCAUAUCUCAUUCUCAGACGAGUACGAAGAGGAAAAGGCAACUGUUCUAGAGAAGAGGGUGAAUGGAGCAAAGGGAACUGUAACAAACAAAAGAAAAGAGAAAGCUGAUUUUGGAAUAACAGUUGUUACAGUUGCACUUGGAGUCCUGGCCAAUUUUGAGGACACUUACAGGUUUUGGGCUUUCAUUGCUCAAUUCCUGGAUGCUGACUUUGUGGAGAAGGCAAAGUGGAGAUAUACAGCUCUAAACCAGAAAACUGUUGAAGUUUAACACACCAUUUUGCUGUCUCUGAUUAUGGAAUUCGCCAUAUUAAGCUAUGCGCUGUGCAGUCAAGUAAAUUGUACAUGUAUAUGAAGGGAAUUACCAAAAGAAAAGAGAGGUAAGCCAAGUUAUUCUUUCAGUUAAUAAUUUCAGAACUUUCCGGUCA